AUGCGCCAGCAGACUGAAAUGGACGAAAGCAGCAUCAGGAUGAGGAAGGAGUCGCAGAGUCUCACGGGCCACAGCGUGGACUGUGAGACGAAAGACAAGAAGCCUGGGAAAGCCACUGUGCUUCAAAAAGAUGUGAGUGUAUUGGCCCUGUUAAGUGCCAUCUGUCUGAUUGUGGGGACGAUGAUUGGCUCGGGCAUCUUCAUCUCUCCGAAGGCUGUUCUGCUUUACUCUGGAGCGGUUGGACCCUGCCUUCUCAUCUGGGCUGCCUGUGGUGUGUUAGCCACACUGGGAGCACUCUGCUAUGCUGAGCUCGGCACCAUGAUCACCAAAUCGGGGGGAGAGUAUUCGUAUCUAACUGAGGCUUUUGGCCCCCUCCUGGCCUACCUUUACUCCUGGACCACUGUCAUGGUGCUGAAGCCCUCCUCCUUCGCCAUCAUCACUCUGAGCUUUGCAGAAUACGCCGCCAACCCUUUCUACCCCGGCUGUACUCCUCCUCUUGUGGUUAUCAAGUGUCUGGCAGCAGUAGCUAUAUUUAUGAUCGUCACCGUCAACUGUUUUAGUGUCAAACUGGCGAACUACGUGCAAAACUUCUUCACUGUCGCCAAACUUUUCAUCAUCCUUGUCAUAGUUGUAGCUGGCAUGGUAAUGCUGGCACGAGGAAACACUGAGAAUCUGUCGAAUGCAUUUGAUGGCACAUCAUCGUCUAUUGGAGCAAUUGGACUUGCGUUUUAUAAUGGGCUUUGGGCUUAUGAUGGAUGGAAUCAACUGAAUUUCAUUACAGAAGAGCUAAAACAACCAUCCAGGAACUUGCCACUGGCCAUCCUCAUUGGGAUCCCUUUGGUAUGUGUGUGCUACGUGUUGGUCAACGUCGCUUACUUCUCUGUUAUGACCGCCACUGAACUGCUGUUGUCUCCAGCUGUUGCCUUGACUUUUGGAGACAGAGUCCUGUACCCACUGUCUUGGAUUGUUCCUCUCUUUGUUGUAUUGUCUACAUUCGGCUCUGCCAAUGGAAGCUGCUUCACAGCUGGCAGACUGGCUUAUGUAUCUGGCAGAGAGGGUCACAUGGUUAAAAUAUUAUCCUAUAUCAGCUUGAAGCGCUACACUCCAUCCCCUGCUCUUAUGUUCAAUGGUAUUUUGGCUAUUAUCUAUAUUAUCCCAGCAGACAUCAACACUCUCAUUAACUACUUCAGCUUUGCUCAAUGGGUGUUUUACGGCCUGACGGCACUGGCUCUCAUCGUCAUGCGUUUCACUAGGAAGGAGCUCCAUCGACCAGUAAAGGUGCCGAUUGUCAUACCAGGCCUAAUAGUCCUGGUGUCCUGCUACUUAGUCCUGGCUCCCAUCAUUGAUAAGCCAGACAUGGAGUACCUUUACUGCACUAUCUUCAUCUUCAGUGGACUUCUCCUCUACUACCCUUUCGUCCACCGGAAAGUCAACUGGGCGCGCAAACUGAUGAGGCCCAUCACCAUGCAUCUCCAGCUGCUGAUGGAAGUAGUUCCUCCUGAGAACUGAAUGAGAGGGGAUAGAACCGACAACCAGAUCAUAUCACAGCCCAACAUUCCAAUUCACCUCUGUUGAAUAGCUGCAUGACAAAAGUCAAAGGGAAUGCACAGUGUUCAUAAACCUACGUACAAGUGUAAUAUGAAAUCAUUCGUCAUGUACCCAGGGACAAAACACAGGAUUCACAUUACUUGAAAAUACUCUAUAGGAUUACCUCUGCUGUUAUUAAAAUACACUUGGAUACGCUAUUUAAAAUAAAGGCACAGAGGAGUCUGAGGGUUUGACCAUAGCCUCAUGAUGUCUUUCUCCACGUGAAGAAAUAAAUCACUUACAAUAACACAACUUUACUAUGAAGAUAAUCAACACUUACAGGAAUCAUUCAAAAGCAAAAUAUGUUAAGCAUUUCUUCAUAAAGUGCAAUAAAGGUUUUACUGGGCCAAAGAGCACUUGACGUAAAGCUAUGACUUAAUUAUGCUUGAAUUGGCACUUGAGCAAAGGGAAGGGAGGGAAAGGGGAAACAUCUUAAAUGCAUUGUGAAGAUAACAUGAAGGAUCAAGCAGAUCAUGCAACAAAAUGUGGAAGCUUUUAUUUAUGUUGCUCCUGUGGUUGGGAACUGAAACAUCAGAGUUUCUUUAAGGAUGUUUGUGUAUUAUUUAAUAAUGAUUUCACACUGAGAUAUACUGAAACAGUGCUGCAUUGUGUAAUCUAUGGCGGUUAUUAAAUGUAUCAAUCUUUGACCAUAAAGUGGA